AUCUUUGUCACGCUGCACUUGGUCCGUCCGCGAAUUGUCAGUUGCCUGUCCUCAAGUCCCGUCCUCCUCCUCUCCACCCUCUCCCUCGCCCUCUCCACCACUCUCCGUACCUCCUGCGGCAGAUCCUCUCUCCGCGCCUCGAUAUGGCGUUGAACGCGACCUUCGCCUCGCCCACGGCCGACGCCAAGUUCGCAAUUGCCCAGCAGAAUGUCAGUGGCAUUCUCAACACCAUUGCGAACGGCGCGAAUGCCUGGACUAUCGCCGCGACUCUGUUUCUGGCGCUUGUUGUGUACGAUCAGUUAAAGUAUAUUUCGAAUAAGGGUUCAAUAGCCGGCCCAGCGCUCAAGAUGCCCUUCAUUGGGCCAUUCUUGGAAUCCGUGAACCCCCAGUUUACCAAGUACCAUGAGAAGUGGAUGUCUGGGGAGCUGAGCUGUGUCUCUGUGUUCCACAAAUUCGUUGUGAUUGCCUCCACCCGUGAUAUGGCCCGCAAAGUCUUCAACUCUCCCACCUUCGUAAAGCCCUGCGUUGUUGACGCUGCGUACAAGCUCCUCCGCCCCCAGAACUGGGUCUUCCUCGACGGCAAAGCCCACGUCGACUACCGCAAGGGUCUCAAUGGCCUCUUCACCCGUCAGGCUCUCGAGACCUACCUUCCUGGCCAGGAAGAUGUCUACAACACCUACUUCAGGAAAUUCGUCGAGUACUCUCAGGUGCAACACGGAGGAAAGCCUACGAAAUUCAUGCAAGAAUUCCGCGAACUCAUGACCGCGGUCAGCUGCAGGACAUUCGUCGGACACUACAUAUCCGACGCUGCCAUGAAGAAGAUUGCCGAUGAUUACUGGCUCAUCACCGCCGCUCUAGAGCUCGUCAACUUCCCCAUCAUCUUGCCCUUCACCAAGACCUGGUAUGGCAAGAAGGCCGCCGACAUGGUGCUCGAGGAAUUCAGCAAGUGCGCCGCGAAAAGUAAGGCCAAAAUGCAGGCAGGCGGCGAGACAAAUUGUAUUCUUGACGGCUGGGUUUCAUCCAUGAUUCAGUCCGAAAAGUAUCGCCAGAGAAUAGCAGCGGGCGAGAAGGUUGACGACUCGGAGAAGCCUUCGAUGCUGAUCCGCGAGUUCACCGACUUCGAGAUCGCAAUGACGCUUUUAACGUUCCUUUUCGCGAGUCAGGACGCUACUUCUUCCGCGACCACGUGGUUGUUUCAAAUUCUGGCAGACCGACCCGAUAUCCGUGAUAAAGUGCGAGAGGAGAACAUUCGUGUGCGAGGAGGCGACAGGAACAUGCCAGUCUCAAUUGAGCUCCUGGAGACGAUGAACUACACGCGCGCCGUUGUCAAGGAGACUCUGAGAUAUCGCCCACCUGUGAUCAUGGUCCCAUACCUUACCAAGAAGGACUUCCCCAUCACUCCAGAAUACACAGUACCAAAAGGCUCCAUGCUCAUUCCAACGACUUACCCCGCUCUUCACGACCCCGAAGCGUACCCCGACCCCGAAAGCUUCAUCCCCGAAAGGUGGAUCACCGGCACCGCCGAGGCGCAGGUUAAGAACUGGCUCGUCUUCGGCACUGGCCCGCAUUACUGCCUCGGCCAGACCUUCGCGCAGCUCAACCUCAUUCUUAUGAUCGGGAAAGCGUGUAUGAUGCUGGACUGGGAACACAAGAUCACCCCCACGAGCGAGGACAUUGAGGUGUUCGCCACUCUCUUCCCCGUGGACCACUGCCUUCUCACCUUUAAGGACAGGCCGUAAACUCUUCAGCCCAGCGCAUUCUUCCUACGCAAAUUCUUCUUUUUUUGAUCUACGGAUCGAGCGACACUUACUUAAUGAACGAGCUGCAUAGCGGGAGUAAUGUGCAUAUCUCUAUGCCUCCCGCUCUUCUUCUCCUGUCGAAUCUUUGGCAGACAUUUAUUCUAUACCAGAGAGAGAGGCUUGCAGUUUAUAGUGGUUAGAACGGUGCGUAGUGGUGGUGACGGGGAGAAGCUCAAGGCGGGAGGUGUAAUGGGCAUGUGCGUCGGAGCCGAUGGCGAGGGCCAAGGGGGAAGGACGCUGUAUAUAGCCAACGGGGAUUUGGAUGAAGUAGGGAGGGAUGGUGGUAAUGGUAUUGAAAGGUUGAUGUUCAUGAGUAUCAUUGUCUGACUGAUGCGUCAUGGAAGCUGUGUGGAAGCAAAGAUGGUGAGUGCAACACUUCACUAUUUCGAAAUAUUGGCCCAAG